AUGACCAUUCACGAGAAGCCCCAACUCGAGGGCAUCACCAAUCUCGGUAUCGUCAGAGCGUUUGCCGACGCUGAGGUUAUCAAGAAGCCCAAUGUCGACAUCUUCAGUCGCUGCAGCAUCGUCAGAACGCUUGAGGAUUUCCAAAUCAUCACCAAGAUCAACGCCGUCAAUGACGAUAUCAUCAGAGCGCUUAAGGACUCCAUUCAGAAUGCCGACACCGAGGUCGCCACCAACAGAGACAUCGUCAGAACGUUUGCGGAGGUCAUUCACAAGCUCUUUGACGUCUCUGAUAAUAGUGUCUUCUUCGCGCUUGACGUUGUCACCGCCAGUCAAGAUUGGGACUGCAGCGGCAGCCACGGCGAAAAGAAAAACAAGGCUGUAUUGCAUGGUUGGAGGAUUGGUUGUGCUGGGCUUAGAUAA